AUGCAAGAAGAUAUAAUGAAGCUUGAAAAUCUCUAUGAGCAGUUAAGUAACCUGAACAGCCGUCUAAAUAAUAUGAUUGCUUCUGGGCCUCUGGCAAGUGCAAGUGUUAUAUGGACUUCGGUCGUUGCAAGACCCAAUAUGGCUGAAGCAUUGAUUGGAGGAUCGAUUGUCUCUGCUGUCAUUAUUCUUUUGAUAAAUAAGCUAGCAGCUCCUGAGAUUAUCAUCGGCUCCUACAAACGUCGAAAACUUGAUGAUGAUUCUAAAUUUACUGAAAAAAGACAAAUCACAACUUGA